CCAGAUCUUGUCCUCGUUUGGAUCAUUGCUGGUGUAUGCGCAGGUGCCCGUGGAGCUGCAGGCCACCAUAUGAAAACCCGCCUCUGUCAGCUUGUCAAACGCCUGCUCCAGAAAAUUAUACUUGAGGUAAUAGCGGGAGGUGUAUCUUUCCGGGGGCCUGUCCGGGUCCCUGCUCUCGUUCAGCGUGUCCCCGAACACCUCCUUGGCCAGAGAGGUUUUACCGCACACGGUGAUGCGCGCCACCCUCCUGAACUUGGCAUCGGUCUGGAUGUCUCUGCCGAUCGUGUAGGAGCCGCGGUACCCUAUGGUGAUGUAGCCGGAUUUUCUGGAGUCCAGAGACGGGGAGCGCAUGGCCCCGCUGGUGGACAGGGCGCGUAAUGUCUCCCCGGAGGAGCAGCACUGCGCUGCGUCCUCCGUGUCGCUCUGGCUCACAUCCUCGCUGAUCGAGUUGUCUUUACUCAUCCGCGGGCUGAGGCGCUUCGCCAGGUCCCGCAGCAGGAAAAAGUCCGCCUCCCUCUGCAGGCGGCUUUUCUCCGGAAAAUAGUCCGGCAGAACCAGGUUCAGGUCUCUCAGGUAAUCUAGGAUGUAUCGGAACAAGAAGCCGUCCCUGUCUAAGAAGAAGCGUCCUUUGCUGUCUCUCGCCAGCUCCUUGGGGGACUUCUUACUGAACAUGUUCCACAGGAGAGAGUCCGGUACGGCGAUCAGAGUUUUGUGUCUGGUCACAUAAACCUGUCCGCCGACGUUCAACUCGAUGAUCUCUGAGAACGGGGAGCCAGACUCCCCGCAGCCGGACGCUGCGCGCUCCGUAUCGGCCAGUGCCAUGUUCUGUGCGCCGCUGUGCGCUGCAGCAGGAGGAUCAGUGGAGGUGCCACUGACAGGCAGCCUGCUUAUGAAGCCUGGGCUUACCAUGUGCGUGUGUGCGCGUCCAUACAGAGCCUCUGGUCUAAGCUGGGGUAUUACAGAGAGCUUUGGAGCAGGAAUCCAUGCAUUAAGGUCCUCUCAGCUGACAGAUGUGGUGAUAAACAGGAGCAAAAGGAUGAUGUUGGACACCCUGGGUGUAGGACUGCUAGGAACCAGGACAGAUGUCUUCCAAAAGGCUCUUAGGUACAGCCAGCACUUCACAUCUGAAUACAGGAGCAGUAUUUGGGGAAGAUCAGAGAUAACUCUGCCUCCUUAUUAUGCUGCUUUUGUCAACGGCAUCGCAGUUCACUCCAUGGACUUUGACGACACUUGGCAUCCAGCUACUCACCCCUCUGGAGCCGUUCUGCCUGCUCUGCUGGCGCUGGCGGAGACGCUGCCCAGCAGGCCUUCUGGUCUAGACCUGCUGUUGGCGUUUAAUGUUGGCAUCGAGGUGCAAGGGCGGCUGAUGAGAUUCUCCAAGGAGGCCUACAACAUCCCUGAAAGGUUUCAUCCCCCCAGUGUUGCUGGAGUUAUGGGAAGCGCCGCAGCCUCAGCCAAACUCCUCGGCCUGUCUCCUUCUCAGUGCAGUCAUGCGCUGGCCAUUGCAGCUUCCUCUGCUGGGGCACCUUUAGCCAACGCCGCCACUCAAACCAAACCUCUCCACAUAGGGAAUGCUGCUCGAAGAGGCUUAGAAGCUGCCCAGCUGGCAGCGAUGGGACUGGAAGGAAACCAGGCCAUACUGGACAUGAAUAGAGGUCUGGGAGUUUACUACAAUGACUACAGCCCUUCAGCAAUGCCAGACUGUGCUACUAAUGCCUUUAAGUGGAUUUUAGAAGAUCAGGAUGUGGCGUUCAAGCGCAUCCCUGCUCAUCUGGCCAUGCACUGGCUGGUGGAUGCUGCUCUGUCUGCCCGUGCAAAGCUCCAAGAGACAAUCUUUGACCUCAGCCAGAUCCAACGAGUCACCCUCAGAGUUCCUCCAUCCAAAUACAUCAACUGCCCCUUACCCACCACAGAGCAUCAAGCCAGGCACUCAUUUCAGUUCAACGCCUGCUCAGCCCUGAUGGACAACAGUGUGACGGUAGCGUCCUUCGACCAAGAUCAAAUCAACCGGCCUGCUUUGAAGGAGCUGCUGUCUAAAGUCGAGAUCGAGACGCCUGCAGAUAACCAACCGAGCUUCGACAACAUGUACUGUGAGGUCCAGAUAGAAACAGCUCAGGGGGAAAGCUGCACAGCCAGGUGUAAUACCUUUUAUGGACACUGGAGGAAGCCACUGAGUCAGGAAGACCUGGUGGAGAAGUUCAGCUUGAAUGCAUCUUCGGUGUUGAGUGCAGAGGGAGUGGAAGGAGUGAUUGAUGUGGUUGGGAACAUUGAGAAGGUUUCAGAGUGCUCAGUGUUAGGCUCGUAUCUGAGAAUGAACAGCAAUGCUCAUCAGCAGGUGUACGGCAUGAGAACAAUCUGACUGGGGACAAUUUCAUACAGUGUGUCUGGGUGGAAAAUUAAAUUACAAACAAUGUAAAUAUUUAUAUAUUAUAUAUAAGUGCUUGAUGUGAAAUAAACUCUGAUGCAAAUUGUUUUAUUGAUUGAUUUAUAGAAUAAAUAAAACCGAGAAAUAAAGCCUUUUUUUUGUGAAACAAAUGAAAAACCAACAUGAUUAAUCUGUCAGAAUUAACCCCCAAAAAGC